AUGACCCUAAAACGGACCUUGAGAGCGGCACACCGCUGCACGUCGGGGGACACUUACAGGUUUCCCAAGCGAUGCUCCAGCUCAAGGUGGUGCUGCAGCCGUGCGAUCUCCGCCCUCAAAGCCUUCGCCUGCCUCCUGCAGUGCCCCUGGAUAAAGUCCCUUAGUCAGGCCUUAACAGUCUCCCACCACCCCUGCGUAGAAGGGCUUAAGGCCCACAAGGCCCUGAUAGAAAUGGGCCACGGAGUUGCAGAACGCCUGCUCCUCCAGGACCCCCAGGUUGAGGCACCAGUACCCCCGACCAAAGACCGGCACCCGGGCCUGCACCGUCAAGAGGACCCCAUCAUCGUCCGAGAAAAAUACAUGGAGCACCCGGCCCGACACCGGUCCCAAAGACCGAGGCAAGAAGACAAACCUGUCUCUCUAUUCCUGAUUCCCUCUCUUGUCCUGCAGGAGCAAGUGUUCCACAUCGACUCGCGAGCGGAAUCUGGCAAGGGUCGCUGCUCCUUCAAUCCCCAGGUCAACACUGUCUCCGUCAUGCUCAACCAGGAGCUGUUCUCAGGCAUGUAUAUUGACUUCAUGGGGACAGAUGCUGCCAUCUUCAGGAGCCUCACCAUCAGGAACGCAGUGAGGACAGACCAGCACAACUCCAAGUGGCUGAGUGAACCCAUCUUCAUCGAUGCCCAGUUGAUACCAGACGGAUCGGACCCCAACGAUGCAAAACUUUAUUUCUUCUUCCGGGAAAGAAUGACAGACAACAGCGGAAAUACCAAGAACAUCCACACCAUGGUCGCCAGAGUGUGUCCGAAUGACAUCGGAGGCCAGCGGAGCUUGGUGAAUAAGUGGACCACCUUCCUGAAGGCCCGGAUGGUGUGUUCAGUGCUGGAGGAGGAUGGCACUGAGACUCACUUUGAUGAGCUUGAGAGUGUGUUUUUACUGGAGACUGAGCAGCCUAAAAGCUUGCUGGUGUUUGGAGUCUUCACGUCAACAAGCUCUGUGUUUAAGGGCUCGGCCGUGUGUGCGUACAACAUGGCUGACAUUCUGACCGUCUUCAACGGGCCAUUCGCACACAGAGAGGGGCCUAACUUCCAGUGGGUGGCCUACCAGGGGCGCAUCCCCUAUCCCCGGCCUGGAACUUGCCCUGGUGGGGCGUUCACUCCAGACAUCCACUCAACCAAGGAGUUCCCAGACGAGGUGGUGACGUUCGUCAGAAAUCACCCAGUCAUGUAUAAUUCCAUCUACCCAAUCGGCAGACGGCCCCUGGUGGUGCGCACCAACGCUGACUACAAGUACACGUCCAUCGCUGUGGACCAGGUCAUCGCUGCUGACGGCCACUACCAGGUGCUGUUUCUGGGAACAGAUAAAGGAACAGUGCAGAAGGUAAUUGCCCUGCCUACCAAUCGUUCCCUGGACGAGGAUCUAAUCCUGGAGGAGCUGGAAGUGUUUAAGAACCAGGCACCAGUGACAAACUUAAGGAUAUCGUCUAAAAAGCAACAACUUUACGUCAGCUCCGAGCAUGGGGUCUCCCAGGUGUCCCUGCACCGUUGCCAUGCCUACGGGGAGGCAUGUGCCGACUGCUGUCUGGCCAGAGACCCCUACUGUGCCUGGGACGGCCUGAGCUGCUCGCGCUUCUACCCCUCUGGCAAGAGGAGAAGCAGGAGGCAGGACAUUAUCCAUGGAAACCCUCUAACACAGUGCAGGGGAUUCAACCUGAAAGCUUACAGAAAUGCAGUGGAGAUGACGCAGUACGGAGUGAAGAACAACACUACCUUCCUAGAGUGUCUGCCCAAAUCUCCCCAGGCUUCCAUCCGCUGGCUCAUCCAGAGAGACAACGACAGACGGAAAGAGGUAAAGCUGAGUGACAGGGUGCUCUCCACAGAGUACGGCCUGCUCCUACGCUCUGUCCAGCUGUCCGACCAGGGCCUGUACUACUGCCUGGCUACCGAGAACACCUUCAAACGCACCGCGGCCAAAAUCCGUCUGAGGGUCCUGAGCGAGGCCAUGGUGAGCGUGCUGACAGACAAGCAGCAGUCCCCCUGGGCGUGGGCCAGCUCCCUCCACCCCAAGGCCCUCCUGGCUGCCUUCAGCCCUGCGGAGAGCCUGGCCGUGCAGCAGUACUGCAAGGAGAGGAAGCAGCUCCAGAGCAUGCACCAGGGGCCCCUCCGGGGAGACCUGGCCAAGCUCAAGCCUCUGAUGGACCACAGGAAGAGCCGGAACCGCCGGAAUCACCUUCCCGGGGUUUGAACACAAGGGUUAGGAAGAGUAGGGUGACUCGGUAAUAAGCACACACACUCACAUACUACCCCCCCCCCACACGCACACACACACACACACACACACACACACACUACAACACAGACUCUGAUGUUCCACCCAGUGGAUCUAAAGGCUUACUCUGGUCCCUGCUCCAUGUCGUGUAUGGUGGAGUUGAAUGUGAGGGACUGUGAUCAUAGCCUGGGCUUUCUCUCGUCUUACACUAUAUGCAUGAGGCUCUCGCACCUGAGGGCUGUGAUGCAGUAUACGCAAACACAACACGAAUGAUGUGGAUUCAUGAGUUACAAUCAAUCGUCACAAAUGUCUUUCUUUCUUCAGCUUGAGAGCGCGUCAGGUUGGCUUCAAACACAUGCAGAGUACAAAUCCUCAUGGCUGGGCAAUGUGAAUAACAGAAACAUUGUGGAGUGUGUGAGUAUGUUUUACUGUGGACACUGGCUAUAAGGCUCGCCCUGCAAAGAUAAUUUACAAUUAUAGUCAUACUGUGUUUUUGUUUACAUCUACUUCACUUAAUAUUUUUGCUAAAUUUACAGAUUUAUGUUCAAGGUGUCGUGUUAGCCUGUAUUCUUAAAGGUAUGCUCAGAAUUUUUUGUUCUGUUAACAUGGAAAGUCCUGCUCCUCCCAGGGUUUCUAACUGUUUCUUUAUCUUAUGUUCCACCAUGGCUGUCUAUACAAAGAACAGAUUGUCUAUGGUGUGGUACUGUGUAAGUUGUCCUAAUAAACAUACUGUGGUGUCGGAAAUUAAAACACAGUGGAUAUGCCAGAGUACUCCUCCAGUUCAGCUGGCACCCAUAUGCAAAAACCUUGUACAUUGUCUGGAACAGGAACCUGGAAGCUUGGCUAUGCACACAUGCCUGAAUACUCACACACACUCCCACACACUCACGGGUGAUACGUUCUUGUGUUUAAGCACAGAGGCAUGUUAAUGUGGACACGCUUCAUCAAAAUGUCAUACCAUAUCCUGAUUGGGUACUCUGUGGUUGCUAGGUUGCAUUUAAUCUGUGUAUCCCAUGAGUGCAGAUGUGCCUCCCAAGCCAAUAGCCAAAGCAGAAUCUUCCCUCUCUCACACACAUACACCCUAGCACAUACCCUGUCACACACUCUAACACAUUAGUAAACACAUACAUGCUAAAUAUUCUAAUAGGUUUCCUAAACUGAGGAUUGCUUGUUACCAAGCCUUCAUCUCUGAAUCAAUACACUAUAGCCGACACAUUGCAACAUGGUGUUGCUACACUGAUUGAUUGCAGCUUGGCUGUGCAUUCACUAAUUAGCUCAAGCAUUUUAAUACAGUUCAAUUUAAGGUAAACAACCUUGGGCUAACAUUGCUACUUUGUUGACAAAUCGUUCUGGUAAAUCUGUUUGAUUUAUACACUGUGUUUCACAUCAAGCAACCAAUUUGUGCAUGGCUAGUUUGUUGUCACUGUACAGAAGCAUGUGCCUUUGUGGCUGUUUCUGGUCUUAGAAUGGAUUACAGUAUUGGUUGACCACAAUCAUAACAGAAUCGCAUAUAUAUUGGAUUUCGUAGUCAGUAUAAUUCAGUGUUUUGUUCAACUAGGGGAAUAUUUUUCCUUUCCCUGAAAGCUAGCCGAAUCAAGAAGGACAUAAUGAAACUAUUAUCAGAGCUAUCAUAGUGAAUUAAUCAUUCGACUCAAAGUUUGGGAGAGGGUCAAACUAGCUUCCUCAUUUUAUAUAGUGUGAAUAAGUCAUUCAUUUUUUGGUUUCGCCAAGUAUAGCCAAUGUAGAUAUAGAUGUCUUUGGUUUGUGUACAGUUCAUUUCUUAUUUUCAUCAUUGUAACUUAUGUUAAUGUUGGACUUUUGUGGAUAUGUGUUCAUCAGUGUGACCCUACUGUAUAUAAUUUCAACAAUAUUAAUUCGGUAACCAUGACUGUAUCUGCACAUUGCAGAGAUAUAUUUUCAAAUUAUUUUUUCAUAACUAACAUAUUGUUCCCAUAGGUUUGUCAUCAUCACAGUUAAUGUUGUGUCAAUGUUCUCAUGAAACUUAUGUAUUACUAUUUAUUAAUGUAAUGUCAGCCUGAAUAAAUACAUUAAACUGUA